GAGGAGCAUUCCAGGCACCUACGCUCCGGAGCACAGACACAGAUCGGCGAGGUGAAGGCCCACAGCCCCUUCAUCGAUGAUUUGGAGCCCGUGGCGCCGCUGGACGCUGUGGCAGCGCCUGGUGCCGUCGCCGCUGCGGGUAUCCCUCGCCAGGGAGGGGCCCGGAGACCUGCGCUUUACGUGCCUCCAUACCUGUACCCGGACGCCUUCCCGGCCUCCGCAAAAGACAUCUGCCACUGCGAUGCGCCCAAGGAGGAGAAGCUGACGAAGGAGGAGGAGCUUUGGGCCGCUGAGGUGGCAAAGCAGCUGAACCUCCCCUUGUCUCAGGUGAUGCAUCCCACAGACUUCAAAGGCAUCGCACACUGUGACUGCGGUGCUGCAGAGAAAGCAGACGGCCGUGUCUUCCGCUAUGUGAAGACCCAAGCUACGAACAGCUCUGGCUUCACGGUCGCCGGUGCUGACCCGACCUUCCCACAUGGCAGCUACUGGGAGCCGGAGGCGGUGGAUGCUUCAGGGCUCAUGGCGCCUGCGGACCAGCUUCGGCCAGAGGAUCUGCCGCCACAAGCACCCUUCGACGAGGUGGACCUGGCCUCGAACCUUGCGCAGCAUGACAAGAUCCCCAAGAAGAUCGCAAAAUACCUGGACCAGGUGGAGAGCAGGAGUAGCAACUGUGACGAUCCGACCAAGCCCUGCUCUGCUGACUGCAGCGCCGGCGACGCAGUGUCCUUCGAGCUGGGCAACACACGGCGUGCAGCCACGGUGCUGGCGACGGCUGCGGGCAAUGCGCUGGAGAUCGAGUUUGCCACCGGCUUGGCGGCGGGCGACGUGUGUGCUGCGGAGGCCGGCUGCUCCCUCUUCAGGGUUUGCGCCCCGAAGCCGGGGCUCGGUGCAGCUGCCCCGCGGCAGUGCGUGGCCCAGGACUCCGAUGAGCGAUUGUCGUGGCAGGGCCAUAUCGAGAGGCACUUCCAGUGCCCGGAGAACACAGCUGGAUGCAAGCGUGUGCGGCAGGUCGUGCAGGGCCUCUACCUUCGCAAGGAGGGCAAACCUUGCAGGGCAAGGUGA